AUGGUGGUUCACAAGUUAGAAUUUUUGACUUCGUUCUCACGUGAUCGGAAUUCCGAAAUCCUAUCAGCCAAGUACGAGGAUGAGGUAGUGAGUGUACGCCUCCUGCAUCCCGCUAGCCCAUCGAGGUCGCUGAUGUUGUGGAAACGUCUUACUUGCCUGCACGAAAAGUGUGUUCUUCGGCACUCCUCUCUGAGUGGCAUUAAUGCGGCUGACGUAUGUCUGCUAGCGGACCUCCGAUGCCGUGCGAUGCCGCAUUCAACGUCUGAGCCCACUGCUACCAGUGCCCUUUGCGCCUUCACUAUCAGUGAAUUUUACCCUUGGGGCUCACUCUUCAAUUUUAUGCAGCAGAACUCGCCAACAGACUCCCAAUACACCUCUUCAGCUCUCACCUUCGCUCUAUGCGCUCUCAUCGAUGUCGUAAACGGAAUAACCUUUCUUCACAGCGACAUGGCAGGUACAAGGGGACGACCGGCCCUGGCUCACCGUAAUAUCUGUCUGGAGAACCUCCACCUUAAGGUCGACGGGGGCAUUUGCAUAGGUGGUCUGGAAUACGCCAUUUGUGCUCCACCCUCUCCCCUACCCCUCCCCGCAGAACAACUGAUGCAGAUCUUUAAUGCUCACCUCCGCGACUGGUCGGCGGCUCAACUCCCAAUUUACUCUGAUUUUCAUUGCUCGAAUGUCCUCUCUGAUGGUGAUCAUCGCGCCCCCAUUGCUUCUGUGCCACUUUAUCCUGAUUGGUGGCCUGUCUGCGGACUUCAAGUUGGUCUCCCGACUUAUAUGGCACCGGAAAUUAUGGAAGAGACCCUUUUUCCCUUCUGCUUUGAGUCGCACAAGCGCGCAGAUGUCUAUGCCCUCGGCAUCAUGAUUUGGGAGAUUGCUACGUGGGCUUUGGGGCAAAGUGUCGGCCAUUUUUGGGUCCCCCGAGAUGCUGACAUACCCACGGCGAGGGAGAUGGUUUGCCUCAAAGGUCAGCGACCUCGCCUGCCCAUUUUAUCAGAAGAAAUCAAUUCCCUGAAUCCUCAUCAGCUCACCGAGGCAACAGAAUGGAUGCGUGUUUCCGACUUCUUCAGGAACCUCCUGCCAGAAUGCUGGAAUCGCGACCCCGAGACGCGGCUAAGUGCUCUACGCAUUAAAAAAGAUCUGACAAAACUGCAGAUGGCGCAGAAGGGGUCGGAAAUUUUGCUGUUUCGAUAA